AUGACGGACAAUGGUGGAUUUGAGAAGGCCGGAAACGGCCAGACGAACGGAUCGGGGACGAGCGCGAACGGCGAUGCCGAAGAGGCGAUUGCGCAGCUUUUCGACGACUACCAGGCCGGCUUCGACGACUACGAUAUUGAACGUAUCUGCGAUUGCUUUGCCCUGCCGGUGAUUAUCUGGCAGCACGAGAAGGGUCAUGUUUUUGCAAAUGACGACGAACUGAUCGAGAACAUCGAAGCCCUUCUGAAAGCGCUCGAGAAGGAAGGGAUCGCGCACUCGGAAUUUCAGGUCGUAUCGAGCCACGUCAGCGGAUCGGCCGCUCUCGUGACGCUCGACUGGUCGCAGGAAAGUGCUGAUGGUGAAGCCGUGUUUGAGUUCACGUGCCACUAUCAACUGAUCCAGCAGGGGCCUGACUGGGUGAUCACCUGUAUCAUCAACGAAUGA